UGAAGUGACGCUGAGAUGCUUUCUUUUUAGUUACAAAAAUACUCCAGUUUAAUAGAAAUAACUGAUUAAUAGAAGUUUAGAAUCUCAGGAGUGAUACGUAUUGCUUUUCUACAAUGACAACUUUAGGCCCUAAAAAGGACGGUGCUCCGAACAUAGAGUUCUUUCAAUCACCGGAGUCUCUAACACAAUUCGACCAAAUUCGUGUUUGGUUGCAGAAAAACUGUAAAAAGCAUGUACAAACUGAUCCACCAACUAAAGAAGGCCUGGCCCAGCUUGUUAUACAGCUCAUACAGUAUCAAGAGAACAAGUUAGGGAAGCAUAUUAGUGACCCUCCCUUUAUGAGGCUUCCAAUGAAAGUGUUCAUGGACAUGAAGCCGGGCGGGUCCCUGUGUUCGGUGCUCGCCACCAUGUUCCGCUUCAAGUCGGAGCAGCGGUGGCGCAAGUUCGACUUCCAGGUCGGUAAGAAUCCAUCUCGGAAGGACCUGAACGUACAGAUGAUGAUGGACAUCGAGUCGUCACUGUUGAGCGCGGAGGUUAUACGUUCGCCAUGUGUAUUUAUACGCUCUGACGUCGACAAAGCCACUGCAAAUAAAGUUAAGGACAUAAUCGUCAAUCGCCAGGGAGAAAUAUGUGAAGAUGAAGAAGAGGCAUCGCAUAUAAUCUACCCGACGGUAGAUCCUCUCGAAGAGGAAUACGCGAGGCCGGUGUUCAAACGCGGAAACAACGUGUUAGUGCACUGGUACUACUUCCCCGAUAGCCACGACACUUGGGCCCAGGCUGAUUUACCGAUCGAUGUACCGGAAACUGUAAGCUGGGAAUGCAACCGUGCGGAGCCGUGGCGCGUUUCGGCCACGUGGGCUCUCGACGUGCCACAAUACAACGAGUGGAUGAACGAAGAAGAUUAUGAAGUCGAUGUUAAUGGCAAGAAGAAGGUACAUAAGCUGCGUCUAUCGGUUGAUGACCUAAUUCCCGGGGCGGAACCUUCUAAUAAAGGCAAAAAAGGCAAAAGGAAGCGUUCGCCUUCACCGCCGCCUCAGAAACACGGCAAGCGUAAAAGUCGUAUGACCAAGCGUCGUGAUAAUGAUGUCGAAGAUGAAGAAGAUAACGCAUCAAGAGAUAACACAGACGUGGCUCCCACACCUGAAGUUGAACGCCCAGCUGAACCGCCCGCACCUGCCCCGGUUCCUGCCGCUGCAUCAACGAGCACAGCGGCACCCGCAGUGACCACGGAGCCUCCGCCCCCGCCCGUGCCCGAAGCGCCCACGACCCCCGCGCCCGCGAUGGACGCCCACGACGACUCGCAGGGAAAGCACAGCGACUCCAAUACACAGGAAAUGCUUAUCAAAGAAGAGCUAGAAGACAACGUGACAGAUCAGACCCACCACAUCGUGGUGCCGUCAUACUCUGCCUGGUUCGACUACAACUCCAUACACACCAUCGAGAAACGCGCGUUACCCGAGUUUUUCAACAACAAGAACAAAUCCAAGACGCCCGAGAUUUAUCUGGCCUACAGGAACUUCAUGAUUGACACUUACCGAUUGAAUCCCACGGAGUACUUAACGAGUACAGCAAGCCGGAGGAACUUGGCGGGUGAUGUUUGCGCCAUCAUGAGAGUGCAUGGCUUCCUCGAGCAGUGGGGACUUGUCAACUACCAGGUGGAAACAGAAUCUCGCCCAACAGCAAUGGGACCACCGCCAACGUCACACUUCCACGUGCUUUCUGAUACACCGUCGGGCUUGCAGCCGUUGCAGGCCAGACCAACGCAGCCGAGACCAGUCGAAAACGCAGCCGUACCCAAGGUUGAAGCUGGUCUGCCGAAUGGAACGGAAGCCGGGCCACCGAUUAAACCCGAACCGCCCACAGUCAAGGCAGAACCGCUUAUUGAGCUUGGCACCACGCCUGGCCUUAAAUUGGAUCAGUACCGAGGCGGCGCUCGUGGUCGUGAAUGGACUGAACAAGAAACGCUGUUAUUACUCGAAGGAUUGGAGCUACAUCGCGAUGACUGGAACCGCGUCGCGGCACAUGUGGGGUCGAGGACUCACGACGAGUGCAUCCUGCAUUUCCUACGCCUACCAAUUGAGGAUCCCUACUUGAAUGACACGUCUGCCAGUGGAGUAUUAGGUCCACUAGCGUACCAGCCGAUACCGUUCAGCAAAGUUGGCAACCCUGUGAUGAGCACUGUCGCAUUCUUGGCGUCAGUUGUCGAUCCGCGUAUCGCUUCCAAAGCCACGAGGGCUGCGAUGGACGAGUUUGCUGCCAUUAAGGACGAAGUACCGGCGGCAAUGAUGGAAGCGCACGUAAAGGCUGCGGGUGCGCACGGACCCGCCGCGGCGUUGGCAGCUACCGGGAUCGCAGGAACCGCCCCGCCGCCAACCGCCGGCCCACCCGCACCUGGGACCCCGUCUCCAGCACCCGCACCCGAAGCUAAGAAAGAAGGCGAGGUUAAAGCGGAAUCAAUGGAAGUUGACGGGGAAGGUGAAGUCAAGGUAAAGGACGAACCUGCUGAAGCGGCGUCGACGGAAGACGCCAAAGAGAGCAAAGAUGAUGCAACGCCACCACCAGAAGCCACAGCAGCAGUAGACACGAAGCUGCAAUCAGCAGCCGCCGCAUCGUUAGCGGCAGCGGCAGUCAAAGCCAAGCACUUGGCGGGAGUUGAAGAAAGAAAGAUCAAAUCACUAGUGGCACUUCUAGUUGAAACGCAGAUGAAGAAAUUGGAAAUCAAGUUGAGGCAUUUCGAGGAGUUAGAAGCUACGAUGGAAAGAGAGAGAGAAGGUCUGGAGUAUCAGCGGCAGCAGUUGAUUCAAGAGCGUCAACAGUUCCACUUAGAACAGUUAAAGGCUGCUGAGUUCCGUGCGAGAAAUCAUGCCAUCCAGAGGUUACAGGCGGAGACUGGUGUGAGUGUACCAGGCCCCACAGCAGCGGGUGCGGGGACUGCGACGACGGUAGCGGGGCCCGUGGGGGAAGCCCCGCCCCCAGACGCCCCACCACAGGUCGUUCCGCCUCACCACGCUUAGACGAUUACAAACAAGCAUUCUUAAUACACCGUUUCAAACAAUCAACACGUUUUCCACACACAAUUGCAAAACUUCGAUCAAUAAUAUACUAGAUACUCUGUCGUUAAAAAGUUUCCGUACAAAAUAAUUGGUCAAAUAUUUUUAAUAGUUAAUGUAGCAUUUGAGUAUGCAGACCACUUACUAGAUUUUGUAGCAUCAAUGGACGCGAGCUAACUUGUUAGGGGUAUGCCACAACAAUCAAUUAUCACCCAAAAAUAGUUAACCUAUUUUCAAGACUCGAAUUAGCCAACAUUUUUAAGAAAUAUGUCGGCAAAUUAUGACGAUUUUCUAUCGCAGCCUUAUAAAUACCAUACUAAAAAAAUAAUCGCGAUAAAUAUAAAUGGUCCCAAAUUUUGAUAAGUUUGCUUGCAAAAAGGCUUCAAUUUGUGUUCCUACCAUCCUAAAACUGUAAAAUACGCAAUCUUAUUAUAUAUUAAAUCAAUAUCAAUCUUAUUUGGACUAAAUAAAACAUAAUUCAACAUUCUUAAUAUACAUAAAAGUAUAAACAGAAAACUCUGUCUGUUAGUUUUGUAUGUGAACUGUAUAUCUAGAACAUUAUUGAUCGAAGCGUGUAGAACUCAUGUUUUCUUUUUUAUACUAGAGUAAUCAGUGUUGAACAAUUUCGUUCGCAUGUUAACAAGUUUAUGCAUUUACCGAUAGCACGAAUAAUUAACUUUAUCGCGAAUAACACUUCUAGAUGUACUUGCGUACUUUUACGAUGGCAAUGAGCUCUUAAUACUGUGACUGUAUUUAAUUGACAUAAAAAGAGUAGUGGCGUGUACUUUUUAAAGGCAGAAAAUCACCAUAAACCGACCGCUACAAUAUUGUGUUUCUGAAAUCGGCUGGUUGGUCAUCUAAAACAUAUAGACAAUCCAACAAAUUUGUACCUACACAGGAUAAAAAAAAAUUAAAUUUGGCGUAACAUAUAUUAACAAACUUUAAAUUAACAUACUGAUUUCAAAUAUUCAUCAUUCCUUAAUAGGGCAUAUAAUUUUUUUUUUCGUUAUCGCAAAGUAACCCAAAGUCAAAGUUACGUCGUCACCACUCAGGAACAUUCUUCUUUCAACGGCCAAACUUAACCUACCCUAAUUGGAAUAAAAUAUUUUUGCGUAAUAAAAUACUUGUCCUAUCCGCGACUUUGCCCGUUUAUACUAUUCGUACACCAAUUCUAUCAAUGCGAAAUUUUCUUAGUAAAAGGAGAACCAACAAACGGUUUUUCCGGAUAAAAAGUAUUCUGUUCGCUAUUCAAAUAACAACAUUAAAUUGUCUGUCUUUAUCAUAUAUUGUGAUAAAAUAUGUUUAUUACCUUAUUAAAAUACCAUUAGAGUAAUUUGAGUUCUUGAGAAUAUUUGUCAUCAAAAUAUCCUGUUCUAUUUUUCCGAGAACAUUUUGUUGGUGGGUAUUUGAUAUGUUUAACCCAGCGCCAAUGACGCUGGGUAAAUAUUGACUAAGGAAAGCAUAAAGCGGGUGUAUAUUUUUUUACGUUAACCUAACGAUUUCGUAGCUGGAGAUUUGCCAAUGGGACUGUCCCUUUGGCAAAAUCACUCCAAUAAACCGUAUAACGCGGCCUAUACGGUCCGUCAAGAAAUAAAACAUUAAUGACUCACGGUCAGUUUGUGGCGACAUAUUUUUAUAAUACUGUUUUCUUUCGUUUAUUGCUGUUGGUCGUUUCUGUAACCGUAUAGAGUUUUUAUGUACAUCUGUAAACAUAAAAGCCCCACACGGGUAAUAAUAAUACAACACUCACGAAAAGGCGAUAUUUACUCAAAACGUUUAGUCGUUAAACGAACAUUUACAAACUCGAAGUUAAUUUUAACAUGUAUUAUUGAGAAAACCAAUCAAAGUUUUGUGUAUCGAAUAUAUCGCUAUUAUCUUUAGUUUUUUUUUUUUUAUUUAAUAUAUAAGAACUUAUGGAAAAAACUAAGACAAAUAUUUUUAUUUUGUAAUAAUUUGUUAACAUUAGCGGGGUCAUAAUGACCCGGUGUCAUCGCCCGCGUAUUUAUUUACAUGUCAUGUGCGCCGGGUUAAAUUAUGAUAUAAAAGUAUCGUGUUUCACAACAUCUUAUGAUAAACGUCACUAAUUAUUCAUAUAUCCAUGUUUUUGUUUUCGUAGAAAUACAAAAUUACCCUUUAAAAUUAUUUAUGAAUUUAUACUGAUGAUGUAACUAUAAGGAUAAAUACCUGUUAAGUAUAGUUUUAAUUAAGUUAAUCUAGCGUAGGAUUUACCGGUACGUCAUAUUUUAUGGAAUAAAAGGUAUGGAACCCGAA